CACCCAAGGUCUGCGAUGCCUGCAAAAACAAAAAUGAAGAUGAUAAUGACAUCGUGGAAAACCUCUGCAAAAAUGACUUUGCCUUGAAGAUAAAAGUGAAGGAGAUUGCCUACAUCAAUGGGGAUACCAAGAUCACCCCCGAAACAAAGAGCAAAACCAUCUACAAGCUGAAUGGUCUGACAGAAAGGGAUCUGAGGAAGAUAGUGCUCUGGCUUAAAGGUGGCCUUCAGUGUACCUGUGAUGAGAUGAACGACAUCAAUGUCCCCUACUUGGUGAUGGGGCAGAAGCAAGCUGGGGAACUAGUGAUCACCUCGCUGAAGCGGUGGCAGAAAGGGCAACGGGCUUUCAAGCGGUUCUCCCGCAGCAUCCGCAAACUGCAGUGUUAGUGGCCUCUCUGGCUGUCUCCAGCAGCUGCCUCUGUCCCAAGCUCUCUGGGUCUACCGCACCUUCCUGCCUUGGCCCCUCUGAACCUUGAGAUGCCGUGGGCACGAGACAUGGUGACCGCUUUCCAAGAGGGGAGGAACUCCUCCAUUUUUGUACAUAGGUUAAAAUGGAAUUAAAAAAAAUCAUGUCUAUUUUUGGGAAGCAUUAAAGUAUCUCGCUU